AUGUUCGGUGAUUGUGGUCAUGGUGCACUAAUGACCCUGGCCGCUUCUGCCAUGAUCUUCUGGGAAAAGAAGCUGGCGCGGACCAAACUGGAUGAACUGACAUAUAUGGCCUUCUAUGGACGAUACAUCAUGUUGAUGAUGGGUCUGUUCUCUAUCUACACCGGUUUUAUUUACAACGAUAUUUUCUCCAAAUCUUUCACCAUCUUCCCUAGUCAGUGGCAAUGGCCCCAGGACAUCCAGGCCGGCAAAAUGGUCGAGGCGACAUUGAAAGAAGGAUAUCGGUAUCCGAUUGGUCUGGACUGGAACUGGCACGAGGCGGACAACUCCUUGCUCUUUUCGAACAGUAUGAAGAUGAAGAUGAGUGUUCUCCUUGGAUGGUGCCACAUGACCUAUGCUCUUUGCCUGCAGUACGUCAAUGGACGGCACUUUAAGUCCAAGGUUGACAUUUGGGGCAAUUUUGUUCCUGGGUUGCUCUUCUUCCAGUCAAUCUUCGGUUACCUUGUCCUCACUAUUCUCUACAAGUGGUCCGUGAACUGGCAGGAGAAGGGUGUGAACCCCCCCGGUCUCCUGAACAUGCUCAUUUUCAUGUUCCUGAGCCCUGGUACAGUAGAAGAACAACUCUAUCCUGGCCAGAGCUCGGUCCAGAUUCUCCUUCUCCUUAUCGCCGUGGCCCAGGUACCUAUCAUGCUCUUCCUCAAGCCGUUCUGGCUCCGAUAUGAACACAACCGUGCUCGUGCCCUGGGUUACCGCGGCCUUGGCGAGAACUCCCGGGUGAGCGCACUUGACGCCGAUGGUGACCUGGACGGCGGGCUGGGUCGGGACAGUCUGGCUAGCGAUGGAGAAGGUGUGGCUAUGCUUUCCCAGGACAUCGAUGAUAGUGAAGAGCAUGAGGAAUUCGACUUUGGCGACAUCAUGAUCCACCAAGUCAUCCACACCAUCGAAUUCUGCCUCAACUGUAUCUCUCACACUGCCUCUUACCUUCGUCUGUGGGCUCUGUCGCUUGCCCACCAGCAACUCUCGAUCGUUCUCUGGACCAUGACCAUUGGUAGUGCCUUUGAGCAGGAGAACCCCGUGACCCGUGUUAUCAUGAUCGUUGUCAGCUUCUACCUUUGGUUCGUGCUAACCAUUUGUAUUCUGUGUGUGAUGGAGGGUACUAGUGCCAUGUUGCAUUCGCUUCGUCUUCACUGGGUUGAGGCAAUGAGCAAGCAUUUCGUGGGUGAGGGUAUUCCUUUCUUGCCUUUCAGCUUCAAGACCCUGUUGGAGGAGGACCCCGUGGACUAG